AUGGAUUUUACACCAUUCACCGGGAUUCAUAACCACAAGAAAAACAUUACAUUUGCAACUGGAUUGUUGACAAAAGAGGACAUUGCAUCCUAUGUUUGGUUAUUUGAACACUUUAAGAAAGCAAUGGGUGCAGAGCCAAAAGUAAUCAUUACUGAUCAAGAUCCAGCAAUGAGACAAGCAAUUCCAGUAGUAUUUAAUGAAGCUAGGCAUCGUUUUUGCAUGUGGCACAUUAUGUGCAAGGUGGGUGAAAAGAUUGGUUAUGUGCUAAGUAAGAAUGAUAUGUUUAGGAAGAAAUUGAACUCUGUUGCGUGGAGCUCAUACUUAGAACCUCUUGAAUUCGAGAAUGAAUGGAAACCGAUCAUGGAAGAGUUUGAUUUAGUCAAUAACAACUGGUUUGUACAAAUGUUUGAGUUGCGCAGAUUUUGGAUACCAGCCUAUUUCAGAGAUGUUCCUAUGGCUGGUUUAUUGAGGACUACAUCACUCUCGGAAGAACAAGCUGAUUUAUCCCCUACCCAUAGGAAGAAUGCAGUCAUAGAGUGUUAUUGUGAGUCAUCUAAGCCUUCCGAGAUCUCUAUUCUGCCAUCAAGAAAAGCAAAUAAGGGCAGUGGUAAGCAUAUGAAAGGGAAAAAGGAGUUAGCAAUGGAUACAUCAAAGAAAGGUUUAAGAACAUGCCAUAUGUGGGAUACUUACUUAGAAAAUGACAAGCGACAUGACAGCAUGAACUGCCCACUUAGAAAGGAAUUAACAGAUGAAGAGGAUUGA